CAUGAUCAAAGGAAGCAUCAGCUUCCAAAGGGUCUCCCAGACUCAGCAGCAGAAAGUGAGUGUGGUGAGCGAGGCCCGGAUUGAAUACGAGGAGAAGAAAUACACCCAGAAGGAGGGAUUUGUCCAGCGCCAGGUGCAGAUGGUGGUGGAGCGCUCCGAGGUCUAUAACUACCUGACCAUCAUUGUGGGCAGCAGUGUGGGGGGCCUGAUCCUGCUGGUUCUCAUCACCGCAGCCCUCUACAAGUUCGGCUUCUUCAAGCCCAGUACAAGCAGAUGAUGGAGGACACUGUGGAGGGCGAGGGGCCAGGCCCGACCCAGAGCACCUCCACUGGCAACCCCCCUGCUUCUGAUGUCUCCAAACAAUAGCCCCCCAUUCACCAACGCCCCCAGCUUGGCCUCCCUCUGCGCUGCUCCAGGUUCACCUCCGCCCGCUUAUGUUGCUACCUCCAAGAUGCAGAAACACUGACCACUGUCCACCCUCCCAUCACAAAAUGCAUCCUUGUGCCAACUAGAGCCAAUCGUUACUCAAAUUAGGCUUGGCCAAAUUCUACUGAUCUUUUAUAAUUUUGAUGGAGAAUUAUUCAACAUAAUUAUCCUGAAAGCAGCCUGAGCGACACUGGCAUUAUCACAAGUUUUAUGCACAUUAAGGGGAGACUCUAAUAAGUUCUCCCGCAACAAUUUUUGUUCGUUGUCUAGCUGCACAUUUUGAUUAUCGAUGGAAAUAAUGUAUCAUUGGUUUGUGCGUGUGUGUGUGCGGUGAAACUAGUGUUUGCUGACAAUUACCCCCUGCCCACUUCCCCAUCUAAUUCACUACUUCUGCAGAGAGAGAGGAAGUAUUUGCUGGACACAGAGGAAGGUGGCCAAACCUACACGGUUUGGUCAGGAAGGCUGCUGAAAGCAUGUUGUGAGACACUUUGGUUGAAUCUGAUACAGUUUUGUUAAGUUAGGCACUAGGAAACAUUUCAUCUUUUAUUUUCUUUGUAACCAUUUCUGACUUUUAUGCCUCAUUACUUGGACUCUCUUGAAAUCUCUCUAUGUGAUUUAUAAACUUGUUUUAUUGUUUUAUGUAAUCCAGCAUGUUUGAAUAGAAGUGUCUGGGUAAUUCCAUUGGGGGUGACAAAUUGUAUGCAUAGCAUACUCUUAAAAGAAUAAUGGACUUAAUAUAAUUUGUAGUGUCCAGGAGAGGGCAGUACAGGACAUAGCUUUCUGGGACAAAAUCUAAGACUGGGGAUGUAUUGGGGUUACCCUGCUGUAUAACCCAGGCUGGUGAGAGCCAGAGUGUAACCCAGGUGUGGCUGGCAGGCUGCAGUUACACACAGACACUCAGGGUGUGACUGGCGUGCUCUUAGGCUGUUUGUGAGCGGCCCAGCUGGGAGCUAUUUCAUCAAGGCUUUGUAAGGCACCCUAGAUUGCAGAGCUGCUCAUUAGUCUUGCAUACCACAGAUGCAUAAAUAGGGGUAUCUCAAGCAGGAGUAAAGGGGUUCUAUUCCCUCUGUGUUUGGCACUGGUGUGACUGCUGUUGGAAUGCUGGGUCCAUUUCUGAUGCCUAAAACUCAAGAAAGAUAUUUCUGAAUUGGAGAGGGGUCAGAGAAGAGCCAUGAGAAUGAUUAAAAAACAUGCCUAAUACUGAUCGACUCAAAGAGCUCAAUAUAUUUAGCUUAAUAAAGAGAAGAUUAAGGGGUGACUUGAUUACCCUUAACACACAGCUGUCACAAUAUUUAGCCAAACAGUGUUUUGUAAGGCAUGAUAUAAGAACUAGUGACAUACCGGCCAUGGAUAUCAUUGCGUGAUGUACAUGUGGGCCCUGUACAACUGGGAUUCUCUGAAUGUUACCAACCUCUCCCAUAUUAGUGUCAUCUGCAAAUUUUAUAAGCAUUCUCUCCACUCAUUUAUCC